GUAAGGGUCUGCAUGUUCAUGUGCAUCUGUCUCUCUGGGUAUGUGUAUACACAAGCAUGUCUCUGUUGCUCGUGCCCAUCUGUGUAUGCACGCACGCUCUUUCGUGGCCAGUGUAUCUGCCUUUGAUUCCUAGCCAGCAUGGGUAUCUGUGUAUCUUGGCAUCAGUACCACCUCCAUAUGAAUCUUGUGUGUAGAGAGAAUACAUCGUCUAACUGUGGGGAGAGGUAUGUAUGUGUGUGCCUUGAUGUGUAUACCUGUCACUAUCCAUGGGUGGUAUGGGCCCCAGGUUGUGUGUCUGUGCUCGUGUGUGUGUGUGUGUGUGUGUGUGUGUGUGUGUGUGUUUCUCAGUUGUGGUAAAACAGCAGGAUGUGGUUUUCCCAGAUCCUCUCCCUUGGUGGCCGCCAGGGUGAUGUUAUUUUACAAGAUGUCUGCUUUGUGCCCUGCCCCAGCCUCAGUUGGACCUUUGGGGGCAGCCUCUUCUCCUGUACUUGGUCUGGCUUGCCCAUGCCUCUGACCAUACCCUACCCUCUUGAGGCAGUGGCCAAUGAGCCAUGGCUGCUCCAAGACACUUACGGUGGCUGUUCUGCUGCAAAACGCCAUCCAAGAAGACCUACCUGCAUCCUGACCCUUUCGGGGUGCAGAAUUCUAGACCUCAGGGCUGUGUGGUGCCAUUCGGGGGCAGCUGUGGGGGCUGCGGCAUCUCCCUUCAUUGGAGUGUAGCCAGGAGUCAGGCGGCCACACGUGUGUGUGCAUGUGACUUGCACACCAUCCCACAGCCCUAGGGCUGGGGUUCACAGUGAAUGUCAGAGGCAGACGGUGGGUGGCACAGAGCUGUGCUGCAUGGAGGAUGUUGGGGCGGGGGAGUUCCCAGCAGCCACUGGUGGGGCCAGGACCACAAAUCAACAUGCACCCUAGGCCUUUUGCAGGGGAGCAAUGUACACAAUUUUGAGGGGAUUGGAAGGCAUUUCUGGGUGACUGUAUGCUGUCUGGAAGGGGAGACGGGUCAUCAGGUGCCUCCAGAUUUCCUUGAUCCACAGCAGCAGACCUGCUUCCUCUCUGGCCUCCACACCAGCACCUCCUUGGGUCUUCAGACCCAUUUCUGUCCUGCCCUAGCCUCCUUCCCGGGUUGUCAGUCCCACUUUACAGAUGAGAAGGCAGGCUCAUAGCUAAGUGUCCAGUCCAAGGCCUCAGAGUUAAAUAUAACUGGAGCUCCAUCCCAGGCCUCUGGACUCUGUCCCUCUGGUUCUGGGAGAGUUGUGGCACCACAACCGCACAUUCCUCCUGCUGGGAACCUCCUCAGUUCACCUCUCAGGGUAACACAGACAGGGUGAGGGUUGGCUGUAUCUCAGAAAGUUCUAGAGAGAGGUCACUUCCACCUCCCUCCCUCUUCCCCACUCUGUCAACCCCACUGCAAAUAACUUGUUAGUUAUUUGCAGUGGGGUUGAGCUUCCCAGCUCCAAUUCCCCACCAGGUGGGAAGGUCAAAAUUCCCAGCAUUCCCCUGGAGCCAUCCAGCAUCAGGCACUGCCCCCACCCACCCCAAUUCUUCAUGAACCUGCAGCGCCCAGUUAACUUCCAAAUGGAUCCUUGCUCUGCCAUCCCAUUGCCAGGAGUGCCCGUCCCCUAGUAAAAGUCCACUUACCCAUAAUGCUGCGAACCCUCAUUAACCCGCCCUGCAGACCUUCACCUGACCGCCCGCUCCUUCGUGAUCGCAAAGCACUUUGCUGCCAAACUCUCAGAGCCUUUUGCAGCCUCCACCGCGCUCUACCUGUCGGUCUCUGACGGCUGUGAGCCCCUCGAGGAACCCCGGAUACACGCGCGGACCGAGUGAACUCCGGCCCCCGCUGCCUGCGGUCUAGCCUCAGUGGCUCCUGCGGCGGCGCGUGCGGCGGGGGCCGAGGGCGGGGCCGGGCUGAGCGCGCGGGGCUGGAGGCGCGGCAGGUGGGCGCGGCCAGGUGAGCCCCCCGGGCGCCGCCCGCCCUGCCCGCGACCCCGGCCGGCGCCGGCUGCUGGCGCCUCUUCGCCCGCGUUGCCGCUAGUGGCUGCUGUCGCUCCGUGGAGCCCAAGGAGACCACGGCCAGAGCGUCCACCGCCCAAGAUGGUGGCUCCUGUGACUCCUCUCCUACCAGCGGAGCAGGAGUAAACUCUCCAGGCUAAGUUAGAUGGAUGUGCCUUCUUAGCCUGGCGGGCUGCCCCCAUCCUGCCUCCCCAUCAACUCCCUUUGUCAAGGGAGGUACCUCUGUGUGUGGGGGAGGCAGGGGGGCAAGAGCAUUCAAGUGGGGGUUGGGGGUUCCUCGCUCAGAGAGCAAGAAUGGUGCCCCCAGGGAAGAAACCAGCAGGAGAGGCCUCCAACUCCAACAAAAAGUGUAAGCGUUACUUCAACGAGCACUGGAAAGAGGAGUUUACCUGGCUGGACUUUGACUAUGAGCGGAAGCUGAUGUUCUGCCUCGAGUGCCGCCAGGCCCUGGUGCGGAACAAGCAUGGCAAAGCCGAAAACGCCUUCACCGUGGGCACUGACAACUUCCAGCGCCACGCCCUGCUGCGCCACGUGACCUCAGGAGCCCACCGCCAGGCUCUGGCCGUCAACCAGGGCCAGCCCCCUUUUGAGGGCCAGUCUGAGGGCAGAGGGCCCUACCCAGGCCUGGCUACAACUCCCACCUCCAGGGGCGUCAAGGUGGAGGUAGACCCGGCCAAAGUGGCUGUGCUGACUACCGUGUACUGCAUGGCUAAGGAGGAUGUGCCUGUCGACCGCUGCUCUGCCCUGCUUGAGCUGCAGAGGUUCAACCUGUGCCAGGCACUGCUGGGCACAGAGCAUGGCGAUUACUACAGUCCCAGGAGGGUGAGGGACAUGCAGGUGGCCAUUGCCAGUGUCUUGCACACAGAGGCCUGCCAGCGCCUGAAGGCAUCCCCAUAUGUGGGGCUGGUGUUGGACGAGACCAGGGACUGGCCGGAGUCACACAGCCUGGCCCUGUUUGCCACUUCGGUGUCCCCCUGUGAUGGCCAGCCCGCCACUACCUUCCUGGGCAGUAUGGAGCUACAGGAGGGCGAGGCCACUGCUGGCCAGCUCUUGGACAUCCUGCAGGCUUUCGGUGUAUCUGCAUCCAAGCUGGCCUGGCUCAGUUCAAGCCUCCCCAGUGGCCGCCUGGGGAGUGUGGGCCCACAGCUCCGGGCCACUUGCCCACUGAUGGCAGAGCUGCACUGCCUCCCUGGCCGGACAGAUCCUGAGCCUCCUGCCUACUUGGGUCAAUAUGAGAGCAUAUUGGAUGCCCUAUUCCGCCUCCAUGGUGGCCCUAGUUCCCACUUGGUCCCUGAGCUCCGGGCAGCACUGGACCUUGCAGCUAUUGACUUGGCAGGGCCUCGGCCAGUGCCUUGGGCCUCCCUGCUGCCUGUGGUGGAAGCAGUGGCAGAGGCCUGGCCUGGCCUGGUGCCCACCCUGGAGGCUGCAGCCCUGGCCUCCCCUGUGGCGGGAUCACUGGCCCUGGCCCUGCGACAGUUCACCUUUGUGGCUUUCACGUACCUGCUGCUGGAUGCCCUGCCCUCUGUGCAGAAGCUCUCCCUUGUCAUGCAGGCAGAAGAACCGGACUUGGCCUUGCUGCGGCCCUCGGUGAUGGCAGCUGCGGCCUCCCUCCAAGCUCAGCGCGGCUCAGGUGGGGCCCGCCUCCAGAGCUUCCUGCAGGAGCUGGCAUCCUCUGAUCCGGACACCAACAGCGGGCGCUACACCUACCGCGGCGUGGAGCUGCUGGGUUACUCCGAGGCCGCUGUCCGGGGCUUGGAGCAGCUCCGGGGGUCCUUCCUGGACUCCAUGCGGAAGGGCCUACAGGACUCCUACCCCGGGCCUUCGCUGGACGCUGUGGCCGCCUUCGCGGCGAUCUUUGACCCUCGCCGCUACCCACAGGCACCGGAGGAGCUGGGCGCGCAUGGCGAGGGGGCGCUGCGGUUGCUGCUGCGCGGCUUUGCGCCUGCGGUGGUGCGCCAGCGGGCUCUGGGAGACUUCGCGCUGUUCAAGCGCGUGGUGUUCAGCCUUGGGCGGCUUGGCCCUCGGGCCCUGUGCACCCAGCUGGCGUGCGCGCACUCGGAGCUGCACGAGCUCUUCCCUGACUUCGCUGCCUUAGCAGCCUUGGCCUUGGCGCUGCCCGCGGGCGCUGGCCUGCUGGAUAAGGUCGGCCGCAGCCGGGAGCUGCGGUGGUGGGGGCAGAGCAGGGCUAGGGAAGGCCGGGGCGGCCACGUGGUGAAGAUCGCAGUGGAUGGGCCCCCGCUGCGCGAGUUUGAUUUCGGGUUGGCAGUGGAGUUCUUAGAGAGUGGGUGGGGAGAAGGCUUCCUGGCUUCACAUCUCACUUGAAGGUGGCCUCCUUCUCUGGGCCCAGCCUUCCUGGGGCCCUGGGCACUCUAAGGAUCAACCUAGACGUGACCAUGCUGCACCCAAGCUGAUCUAUCUGUGGCCUCCCAGGGGCCUGAGAUCACCCAUCCACCCUUCUGGAGUGUCCCACCAACCCCACCCUGUGGGCUGUGGAGGAAGGGACUGGGUGAAAGAAGAGGGACCUGGGUGGGUGGGCAGAGAUGCUAGGAUCUGGGGCACCUGAAAUAAUUCCUGGCCUUUGCACAGUUAGAUGAGGAGUAGCUCACCCUUUUCCCUUCUGGACUUGCCCCCUUUUCCCUUCUGGACUUGACCCAAGUUUGCUCCCCCCACCCCAUAAUAGAAGUUCUUGGCUUUCGGGAGGAAGAUUGGGUCUUGGGAAUUGAGUGGCUGAAAGGACACCACUGGUCCUUCGUCGUUUGUUUGUUUUUUGGUUUUUUUUUUUUUUUUGAGACAGAGUCUUGCUCUGUCCCCCAGGCUGGAGUGUAAUGGUGCCAUCUCAGCUCACUGCAACCUCUGCCUCCUGGGUUCAAGCGAUUCUCCUGACUCAGCCUCCCUAGUGGCUGGGACUGCAGGCACCCACCACCAUGCCUAGCUAAUUUUUUGUAUUUUUAGUAGAGACGGGGUUUCACUAUGUUGGCCAGGCUGAUCUUAAACUCCUGACCUCAUGAUCCGCCUGCCUCUGCCUCCCAAAGUGCUGGGAUUACAGGCAUGAGCCAUCACGUCCGGCCUGUCCUUGGCUGUUUCUUAGCCCCACUCCCGGCAGUGUCUCUUCUCUUCAUCUAUGACUGGGGAGUAGAUGACUGCACUUGUUUCUGUCACACAGCACAGCGUCCUCUCUGUACACAGCUGGUGGGUCAGGGGCACAAUGGUUCCGGGGAAUAGCGGUUCCCUUCCUCCCCUCCUCACCAAUAGGCUGCCUCCUACCUUUUUUUGUGUGUAACUGUGUGUAUGGACAUAAAAACCGACAAAUGUGAAAUAAAUCUAUGUUAUCUUUCAUAGUGUUACUACACAAACAUCUCAAAGGACUACUUUUGGUUUUGCAACGACAGGGUUCACAAAAGCCCCAGAUGGGCUGGAUUUUUUCUUUUUUCCUAAUUUUUUCUUCCUCAAAGUCUGGUUGCUCUCCAAGUCCCUACCCCUCCCCUGCCCUUGCCUCAGACCUUUAAGACCAAAGAGUGCAAAACCACAGUGCUGUACCUGCCGCCUCUGAGACUGGCCUUGAGGCCCAACCCAGGGAUGCUGGCUUAUUUCCUCCUGGGGAAAGCAGUUUAGACCUCAUCAGAGCUGGGGACACAUCCCUUCAGAGCCACGAGUUCCCGUUCCCUCCUGUCAGCCCUGGCUGUGAAAGUCCUGGGGAUCUGAUGGGAGGAAGGAUAGUUAGAGAGUGAGAAGGGAGAGGGCUGUCCUUUUUCCAGUACCCCUGGGUUUUAGUUUAAUUUGCGAUAAAGUGGAAACCCAGUGCAUCA